CCGUGUGAUACCACGUGAGAAAUUGGUUGAAAUGGAGGCGGAGUCAAAUGGAUUCGCUCUCCGUGCCCAGUGUGCGCUCCCGACGCACGGGAAACAAAUUCUGCUGGGAAUAACUACCUUGCCACACCUGCGUUUACAGCAAGGACAGCGAUCCCUCACAUUCCCUCAUCCGUCUGGAACAGGAGACAACCAAGUGUCCAAUAUGAACAGCAAGCUAACACAAAGCCAGCAGAGAACAAUCUGCACUCAGCUGGGAAGAUUCAAACUACAGCUGCUGUACAAGGCCAGCAUCCACGGCUUCACCGGUGCAGCAUUUCACCAAAGAUGUGACAACCGCUCUCCCACUGUGUCUGUGGGCUACAACAACUCUGGUUUUGUGUUUGGAGGCUACACCAAACAACCUUUUAGUCAGUCUGGGCAGUACGUGAAUGAUGAUCAGGCUUUUCUUUUUACCUUCAAUGGUGAAAAGCUCAUCAAAUAUCCAGUUACUAGUACUGCACAUGCAGUGAAAAUGAUAGCUAACUCUGGGCCUUAUUUUGGAGAAGCACUGGUUCUUGUCAAUGCAAGCCAAGCAGUAGUGUAUAGCAAUCCAGGAAAUUAUUACAAUUUCACUCCUGCACAGAUGCAUGGAAAUGACCUCAACCUGACUGAGUGUGAAGUCUACCAAGUGGAGGAAAGCACUGAACUUGAGAGGCCAUGGAGGACUGUCAUCUGGGAAUCUACGAAGAGGACAGAACUGAUUGAGAGCAUUAAAAGCUACAAACCCACAGUCAGCUCUGUGACCCAGUCUCGAGUUUUGCUCAUUGGACCAGUUGGAGCUGGAAAGUCCAGCUUAUUUAACUCUGUCAACUCUGUAUUCAGAGGCCACGUCACCAGCCAGGCCAUAUCUGGCUCCUCCUCCACCAGCCUCACCACACAGUUUCGCUCCUACUCUGUGAAAGCUGGGCGUGAAGGGAAACCUCUGCCAAUAAUCUUGUGUGAUACCAUGGGACUGGAGGAGAGCAAAGGGGCGGGGCUUGACAUUGAUGACCUCAGCAGCAUCCUCAAAGGUCACCUGCCAGACUGUUAUCAGUUCAACCCUUCAGCUCCUCUGCAUCCUGAGGCCCACAGCUAUCGCACAUCUCCUGGACUUAAGGACAAGAUCCACUGUGUGGUCUAUGUUAUUGAUACCUGUAAGGUCUCCAUCAUGCCCACAGGACUGGAGGAGAAGCUAGACUCUAUCCGCAGAAAGGUCAACUUAUUGGGUAUUCCUCAGCUGGUCCUCCUCACUAAAGUAGAUGAAGCCUGCCCACUGGUGAAAGAGGAUGUGAGAAACGUGUAUAAGAGUGGCUACAUAAAAGAUGUGAUGCAGGAGAUCAGCUCUCGGCUCGGGGUGCCGUUGUCCUGUGUUGUUCCAGUGAGGAACUACAGCGAGGAGCUGGAGUUGGACAUGAAUUGUGACAUCCUGUUGCUCAGCGCCGUCAUUCAGAUGCUUCGCUUUGUUGAUAAUUACUUUGAUGAGCUCAGUGACCGAAUGAGCAACAUACAAACCAAAGAGUAGGAAUAAUUUAGGAAGUACGUAUAAUAAGCUUUGCAAAGAAUCCGAUAUCCCUCAAAUUUGUUCAUUUUCCUGCAGGUCAUCCAUAGAGUACUAGCUUAUUUUGUUAAUACAUUUAGCUGGAGGGCAGGAAUUAUCCUCUUCCUUGAAGAUCUAUUUUGACAAUCCAAUAUACUAGAGGAUGCUGUGUCCCAUGUAACCUGAUGUCCAUUUUCUGGCCUAAGAGAGUUGUUGCACUGGUCCUUAACUUUUGAUUAUGUACUUCACUGUAAAAUGUCCAGUUUGCUGUCACUGAAUGCUUUUACAUUAUCAUCUUUAAGGCAGUUAUUUAUCAUCAUACAUGUAUUUUUCACCUUGGUUCAUUUAGUAAGAUAUUUCAUCACAAUUUAUAUGUUCGACAAACUAAAACAUUAUGUUAUCAACUACCGCAUUAUAUUUUUCCAGAUGCUACAUUUUAGCAUUGGGUGUUUGGACAGAUUAUUUUAAAGGACUGAUACAUGUAUGUUUAGAAAUUACUUUCAAAAAUAACAAUGUUGGAGUCCAGCAUAGGAACAGUCCCUCCCUGUGUAACAGGACUGUGGUGUUACAACCAGCUGUAAACUACACAACAUCCCUGUAACCUGCUUCACCAGAUCCGACCCCAUUGGUUUACUAGGGAAACCAUGGGGUCAGAUUAGACCCCAUGGGUUCUCCAGGGUUAAAUUGAUAUUUCUUGUUCACGUGGUUGCCUUUUCCGUUCCGUUCUGUGACAGUGUGCUUGAAACUGUGUAAAGAGUUCAUAAAGGCAAAGAGUAAAGAGUGUUGGCUCUUUGCGUAAAUUGUCUAUUUGAGAGUAAUUUGGAAAAACUGCAACUUAAUGAUACGUAUUGUUGUCUUGAGAUAAUAAAGGUGAUGUGAAACAGCAA